GCAGGUCAGGUGCCAUGCCGCACACAGAGCAAGACACGCUUGAAGAGAGUCCUUGCUUUUCAUAAAGUGACUUUCAUUCACUAACAUAAUGUUCCUGAACUGAAGAGACUUGGGUUCAUUUCCACAACUGUGGAAAAUGUUAACCAGCGAAAGAACCCAUUUUCCGUCAGGAAGAAUUUCACAAAGCAGGUCUGAAGGAAAUCUGAUUGACAUGGAAGCUCGAAAAAACUCAAAAAUUUGUAAUAUCACAGAAUGUCCAGACCCAGGUUUGCUUCUCAACUGGCCAGAUGCUUUCACAAGUCGUGGCAAUAACACCUCCAAAGCUACAAAUCCAUUUUGGAAUGAGCUGUCUGCUUCUAAUCCAUUUUUGGAUGACAUAACUCAGCUAAGAAAUAACCGGAAGAGAGAUAAUAUUUCCAUCUUGAAGGAAGAUCCUUUUCUUUUUUUUAGAGAAAUAGAAACUGGAAAUUCUUUUGAGUCCUCUGGUGAUGAGCUUGAUGUACAACAAUUGCUUAGGCAGUCUUCCUCAAGGAAAUCAGGGAGAUCUAAAAGUGUUUCAGAACUUUUGGACAUUUUAGAUGAUACAGCACGUGCCCCUCAGGAAAUAGAUAACGCUGACCAGGUCCUAGAACAAGACUUAGAAUGGCUUCAGAAUGAUCGAGAGGCUUAUAAAAUGGCUUGGCUAAGUCAACGCCAGCUGGCUCGUUCCUGCCUGGAUUUGAAUACAAUUAAUCAGAGUCCUGGAUGGGCCCAAACGCAAGUUGCAGAGACCACGAUAGUUUGUAAAUUAAACCAUGAAGGAGGGUCAAUACAAUUACCUGAAUCAGAUAUUACUGUUCACGUGCCCCAAGGUCAUGUCGCUGUGGGAGAAUUCCAAGAGGUAUCCCUCAGGGUUUUCCUUGAUCCUCCACAAAUGCUUAACCAUGGUCUUUCAUGCACAGUAAGCCCACUGUUGGAAAUCACGUUAGGCAACCUUAACACAAUGGAAGCCAUUUUGCUGGAGAUGAAAAUCGGGGCUGAAGUGAGAAAGGAUCCUUUCAGCCAAGUCAUGACAGAAGUGGUGUGUUUACACAGCCUGAGUAAAGAAGGCCCUUUCAAAGUGUUAAACAAUUGCUACAUUUAUAAAGACACCAUCCAAGUCAAGCUAAUAGACUUGAAUCAGGUGAUGUAUCUAGUGGUUGCUGCACAAGCUAAAGCUACUCAGUCACCAGCUGCCACCGUUUGGGAUUACAUCCACAAAACUACCUCAAUUGGAAUUUAUGGGCCAAAAUAUAUCCAUCCCAGUUUCACUACUGUUUUCACAGUUUGUGGACACAGCUACAUGCCAGGAAAGCUUACAAUCUCUGAUAUUAAGAAGGGGAGAAACACGUCUCCAGUUGUGUUUCAGCUCUGGGGGAAGCAUUCAUUCUUACUUGAUAAGCCACAAGAUUUAAGCAUUUCUGUUUUCUCAUGUGAUCCUGAUUUUGAAGUAAAGGCAGAAGGAGGAAGAAAAGAAAUUAAACAAAAGCAGUUGCAAGCAAGUCAAAUAGUUCAUCAACAGUUUUUAUUUUCUUUAGUUGACUCCAGAGAAAUGCACUUAUUUGUUUUCUGUGUUCAGUUGGAGCCUCCCAAUGGUAGACCAGUUACACAGUUCUUUAUCACUACACCUGAUCCAGCCCCGAACUUAAAAAGACUCUCAAAUCCACCAGAAAAUUUGCAGAAGAAGGAAAUCAAUUCUGCUCCUUCAUUACUGACAGUGCAUGUUAAAUAUCCCACAUUUCAAGACAGAAGAUUGAACUUGACCAACUAUGGGGUAACCUUGAAGGCAGUGCUAAGACAAAGCAAGACUGACUACUUACUUGAAUAUUUCAAGGGGGACACAAUAGCUCUUCUUGGAGAAGGUAAGGUAAGAGCCAUUGGGCAGUCCAAAGUGAAAGACUGGUAUGUGGGAGUCCUGAGAGGUAAAAUUGGACUUGUGCAUUGCAAAAAUAUCAAGGUGAUUGCAAAGGAACGCGUAAUGUCUAUGUCAGAUAGCGUCUUUACAACCAGGAACCUUCUUGAACAAAUUGCCCUGCCCUUUAAAAAACUGACUUAUAUCUAUUCAGUUGUAUUGACCUUGGUGUCAGAAAAAGUUUAUGAUUGGAAAGUUUUAGCUGAUACCCUGGGUUACUCACACCUGGCACUGGAAGAUUUUGAUCAAAUACAAGCAGACAAAGAAUCAGAAAAAGUUUCUUAUGUUUUAAAGAAGUUAAAGGAAGAUUGUCACGCAAACAGGAAUACCAGAAACUUUCUUUAUGAACUUAUUGUGGCUCUGCUAAAGAUGGAUUGCCAAGGGUUAGUAGCACAUAUCAUCCAAGAGGCUGCGAUUCUGACUUCAGCUGUCAAGCUUGGUAAAGGCUGGAGGGAACUAGCUGAAAAGUUAGUACGACUCACAAAGCAACAAAUGGAGGCAUAUGAAAUUCCUCACCGAGGAAAAGCUGGAGAUCUUGCUGUUGAGAUGAUGUGGAAACCUGCCUAUGAUUUUCUCUAUACUUGGGGUGCUCACUAUGGAAACAGUUACAGAGAUGUGCUACAAGAUCUUCAAUCAGCUUUGGAUAAAAUGAAAAACCCUGUGACCAAACAAUGGCGAGAGUUAACGGGUGCUUUAAUACUAGUAAAUUCGUUAGAUGUUUUGCGAGCAACGGCCUUUUCCACUUCUGAGGAAGUCUAGAAAUGAAGGGUAUGUUUGGGGGGAGCAAGAAUGAUAGGGGGGAAGUGGUGUGUGUACGUCAAAGAGAAAAGCUCAGAAAGUAUUGCCUAUUUUUUUCAUGUUUGGAAAAGUAUUUUCCAUGUGAAAGCACAGCAGAACACAAAAAUCCAAGGAUAGAUUUUAUAAUCAAACAUAUAUUUUUUGUAUAUGUUUUAAAUGCAAACAUUAGACUGCUUUGUUGUUGAGAAAGGAAAGGAAAACCCUCUCUCCCUUACAUAGUAGUUACUUUUAAUUUAUUUAAGUUAAAACAAAUGGCCACUAACAUAAUUACAGCACUCAGAUACCAGAUAAACUACUGUUUAUCUGAUUCUCAGUUUAUCUGGUUCUCAAUGUGAACACUGGAGUUUGACCAGGAGACAGGUAGGGAGAGAAGAGAAGCAAACACAUAUUUUAUGGAUCAGCAAAGGGCUAUAGACUUCCGAUACCUGCUCUCUUCUUUCUCAGUGGGGUUUGCUAGCAUUAUUCCCAUUUUUCUUGUGAAGAAACUAAGAACUGGAGAAGAUGCUCGGGGCUAUAUAGCUAAUGGGAACUAGGUUUUCCUUUCUGCAAAACCUGGUUCUAUUGUUGUAAAACAACCAGAGUACAUAGCAAAAUAGUAAAAAAAUAAAAAUUGCAUAUUUAAUCUUGUGGGGAAAUGGUAGCUAUUUCCUUGUAAUUGAAGCUCACUGCUCUUUUCCACCAUCUUUUGAAAGAUGUCAAAAGGAAAACAUGACGUAUCAUCAGAAAUCUGUUGCCUGAGAACAUGGUCCGGAGUUUUCACCACCACCCUUCAGCGUCUUGCGACUUAGGUGAUCCUGGACUGUUCUUCACAAUCAUAGUGCAGAGUAGUUUUUUAACUCUCAGGGAGUUUGAAUAAGAAGGCUCGUUUUAUUUUUUGUUUUGUUUUUUUAAAGUUUGAUUUAUCACUGUUGAAUGAAGUAAUCUUAACCACAAAACAGUGAUGUAUGCAUGCUCAUGCAAACACUCUGUGUGUGUGUGUGUGUGUGUUUACCAGAGUGUUUUAUAAAGCUUUUGGAAGACAAAAACUAUAUGGGAAUUUGGGCCAGUAUAAAGGAUAACGGCUGGCAGAGUUCACAAAGAGAUGGUCCGCGCUUACUCAUGUGUUCAGUCCUCUGGCCUCCUGUCUUUUGGACAGUCAUUCAUUUAUUGUCAUUCAGUCAAUAGAUGGAGUGCGUGUUCCUGCUCUGUGCAAGGCACAUAGAUGCUUGAGGUUAAUAAUGGAAAAAAAAAAACCAGCGUGAUCCCUGACUUCAUAUUACUAAGUGAUAGAUAGAGACAAUAAUAAAAAAUUAAACAGGUAAAUGUAAAAUGGCAUCUGUAAUAACAGCUGCAGAGGAGAGGCUGGGAUGCCAAGAGAUACAGAUAUGGGGGCCCAUGAUCAGAAUCGGGGAUCGAAUACGUUUUCCCUGGGAAAGAAAUGAUGAGUCUAAAGGAAGAUUAGGCACUACUUCCAUUUUGGGGAAGGUGAAGAUACCAUUCCACAACCUAUUGAAGCUCUCAGGCAGGAGGGGAUCGAAGGUGUCUCAGAGAACGGAGUGAAGGUCCCCAAAAGGUGAAGGAAUGAAAGAAGAACAGACACACCCUGAAAGGUAAUGUGGACAAGCUGAAGAAGAAUUUUGUUUAGGGAUCCUGAAUAAAACAUGUCCAUUUGGCAAAAACGUAAAAGCAGAAUCUCUUCAGAGCUUUUAAUACACCCACCCUAGGGUAUGUGGUAUGCUGGCAAAGGUAACUUGAAUUAGGGUUUAAGAACAAACUUUAUGGCUUUCAAUAUUUAUAUUUGAGGAGAAGAGAAUACAGCCUGCCCAAGGAGUUAUGUACACACACUGAGGAUGGAAUUUAUUAUAGUUGAAAGUAAAUUCAGGGAGAGGAAACAAAAACAAUUUGUAAGUUCAGGACACAAUCAUUUUAGUGGUAAUUUUGCUUUCUUUAGAACAUUCUUGGAAUCUUAUUAACUUGUCCACAAAACAGAGAAUUUCGGGAAGAGAUAGUAAGGAAUUAAUUAAUAACUGGGUUUCUCUCAGUUCCAAGAUCUGAGAAGACAGAGAUCGUGUUAGCUGAUUAGGGUAGUAAGAUUAAAUAAAUCACUUCAAGUUUAGAUUGCAUCAUGUGUUGCGAUUGUGGCUGGGAACUUUAAGAAGAGUUUAAAAAAAUGAAAAACAUCUCUGUAAUUUAAGAAUGAAGCAACAGUUUAAAUAUUAAUACACACACAGAUAUUUUAUAAUCAUAAUAAAUCCUUUCAGAGGAAUUUUAAACCCAUGUCCAAACAGUCUAUUCUUAUAAAUGCAUUCUUAUAUUUUAUAAAUCAUUUCUACUUUUCUGAAUUUUAUAUUUUUCUUUCCAUAAUGGGUUUUCAUAAUCAGAAAAGAUUAACUCAGUAAUCAUGAAUUGCCUUUAAUAUUUGGCAGCAAAUCAAGGGAAUUAAUAAGGCACUUAAAUUCCAUCUCUGACAUCAUUAAAAGCAUCAAAAACCAUUAAUCUAAAACUUCUUUAAGCAUUUUGGAAGUAAAAAAGCAUAGACGGUGCUUUGAGUUCCUCAGGCUUUGCCUCUAAUGACGCAUUAGUUCAGUGCUCAGCUUGCAACAUAGUUUUUUCUAUGCGAGCCACAAUUCUCCAAUUCCUUCUGCCAAAGCCUGAACAUGAAGGCCAAUUAAAGAGCUGCAUGCAACCUGUUCACAUCAGUAAUGGAUACAGCACACGUUUAUCUCCUGUCAUGUAGGAAAUACAUACGAAGUUUUAAACUUGGGGAUGACCAGAUCUCUGGAAGGAGUAGAAAGCACUACAUUAAUGGAUGGUGUUGGUCCAACACAUGUCACUGCUAGUAAACAGCUUUGAAUAUGUGAUAUGAAAACACAAUAGAGACAGCACACUUGAAAUUGCACGGUGCUGUAAUUGGAAAUUUCAAAACUUGAAUUUUCUUACGGUGCUCCUGUAAAUGAUAUUCUCUGUAAUCUUUUUUUAAUGCUUACGGAAUAUUUGAGGCAAUACAAAGGAAAAAGAGAAUAAUGCAACCUUGUGUCUCUGGAGGCUUUUCUAAUUAAAAUGGGUCUCUUUUCUUCGCAUACACUCAGAUUCUUCCCCACUCUUCUAUGUGAAGUUUCCUCCCUGGUGCUGCGGUAGAGCUUACUGAGUGAAGUCCCAAAGGUCAGAGGUUGCCGCUAUGCUAGGUGGGUAAACCCAAAGAUUUUCUUCAGAAUAAAAUAACCACCUGGAGGGCUUAUUGGAACACAGACUGCUGGGCCCCAACUCCAGAAUUUCUGAUUCAGCAGGUGUGGCGUGGUGCCUAAGAACUUGCUUUUCUGAUAAAUUCCCAGGUGAUGCAGAGGCUGUUGGUCCAGGGACCCCAUUUUGAGAACCAAUGAAUUAUUUUCCUUUAUUUCUAGGGAAAUAAGAGAAUCUUUGUUAAACCAGAAAAACUCACUUUUAUAUAAACAGAUUUUUAUGUCAUUCCAUCAGAGAAAUUGUUUUUAAAUUGUGAAAAACCCAGAAAUCACUUUAUAAAAUAGCUGCAUUUAUUUAUAUAACGUGAACUUUUUUCAAACAUGCAUUAAU